AUGGCGCCUCGGCCGCCCACGUCGUUGAUGUCGGGCGGCUUGCACUACCGUGUGCACGGAUUUGCUGAGUGGGCAUUGCAGGCACCCCCACGCCCACUGAAGAACCUCCUCCACCUCCCCCCACCAAGAGUGUCGGGACAGGCUGUGAGCGAGCUGAUUGAGCGCAUCUCAGCAGGCGCCAACCCAGCUGCUGUCACGACAUCUGUGCUUGCCUCGCUGGCCUCCAAUGCUAACCUAGAGCACCAAAAGCGUCUACUUGUAGAGCUCACUCAAGAGGUGGAAGAGCAGAAGCGGCAAAUUGAGCUUCAGCGCUUGCAGGCUAUUCAGUUGUCGAUGGGCAAAGCAUCAUCGUCCACCCCUCCACAGCCUGCGACUCCGAGCGAGGCACAGCCUGUCGAAGCUUCUGGCAUUCCCUUCCUGGACAGCUCAUUGCCCACCGACACUGGUCUGUCCUUUCUCAGUGGCACUGGAACAUCCUCGGGUGGCUGCAGCUUACCAUCGAGCCUGCAAGAGUUGCUCAAUAAGGUUAAAGCACCAAUGCCGCAGCAGGCAUCAUCUUCAACUAGUUCCAUCAUGAGUGAUGUCCUGGGCACGCUGCUGUCCUCAUCAGGGCCUCUGGUCACUUCAGCCAUCGCAGCAGUUGGGUCACCUCAACACAUGCAGAGCCCUCUGGGGGCUAAGAAGACUCUCACUGAGGACCCGAUUGUGCGUCACUUUGCGGACGACGACGUGGCUACUGAAUCUGAUGCUGAAGGUGCCGGUGCCACACCACCACCUCCAGGCAUUGGAGACUCGCCGCCUGGCACUGCGGGCGUGGCAACCUCAGCAAGAGGCACCAUGGUAGGUGUGUCACGGUCUCCGGGCACGCCCACCAAGGACGAGCUGGUCAACGAGGACGUCUCCCGGCCACAGGACCCACGGAGGCGAAAGGCUGUGGCAUCUGCAUUGCAGUCGGCCUCUACGUCAAGCCCCGUCGUCUCCGUAUCACCACUCGUGACAGUGUCUUCGUCGUCGGGCAGCCAACUCGGUGCCAAGUCUGCUAGCGAACUGAUGGAGAUGGCACGCAAGCAGCUUGAGGAGAUGGAAGCGCCACCCCCGCCCAAUGUUGUCGUGCAGCAGCCUCAACUGCAACAGCCCAUCGCAGCACCGGCUGCCCCUCCUCCGCCUCCCGUUUACGGUGCUCCUCCGCCCGCAAGCCUGCCCCCGGCAGGAUUGCCACCUGCCGGUAUGCCACCAACCAGCAUGCCCCCACCACACCCGUCUGCCAGUAUGGCACCGCCAGCAAACCUGGUGCCGCCAACUCCUGGCAUGUACGGCCCGCCACCACCCCUAGACCCCUCUGCUUACGGAGCACCCCCAGGCAUCGUUCCACCGGGCUAUCCGCCUCCCCCUCAGUGGAGUACUGCUGGUGACCCGUACUGGAAGGGCCCACCGCAGGCCGGCUGGAGCGGUGGCGGGCGUAGUGGCGAGUACCGGCAGCGCGGAGGUCCCCCCAGUGGCUGGAGGGGCCGCAGGAACCAGUGGGAGCACUAAACUCAUAAGCGCCUAGGACUCCGAUGUCUGGUGUCCCAAGCUCCAAGGAAAGGAAGGCUGUGCAUGUUUGCAGGAAAAUCUCUAUGUCUGCUUUGCCAGUCACUCUGGCCACCAUUGUGCCCUGUACCGCAGCACUCUUCACAUUGGGAGCACACAACUCGGGAAGGCAGAACACGCACACGUUGUACAGUCUCUCUUAGCAUCCACCAGACCUUCAGCUUCACCUGUGGCCAUGCUAGAUCGGCAUUUUUCAUCUCUUCUCAAAUACGCCUCGGUGACAUUGGCUGUGUAGCAUCUAACACACUGAAUGUGUGAUGAUAAUUGUUUGCCUAUCACAGCAGUACAGUGAUUUAGUACUGUCAUAUACAUUCUCUCCCUCUCCAGCAAAACAGACUAUAUCACCACAAGGAAGAGUAUUUGUUUUUGUUUGUUCUCUUUCUGUCUCUACAUGUGUUUUGCAACCAUUGGGCCUUCUCCAUUUCUUUUGAUACUCCCCUGGAGGUAUUGUAUCUGUAGAUAAGUUCUGUGCCUGUUUUUGUUGGUGUGUUUUUAUUUUAUGGACUCUCAUUGGGCUGCCGGGACAAACAAUGUUGGGCUCUGUGUUUUUAUGCAGCUUCCAAUGCCAGAAUACAAAAAGAAGAGUUGGCAUCGCUUUUUCCAUCCCACCACAUGUACAGACACAGAAAGGACUCUGCCAUGAGAAUUGUGCAUAAGCACGUCAGACCCGAUCACCAGCGAUAGGUGCGUGCUGGUACAAGGUCCGUAAGCGUGCCAAGGAUUGCAGAGGAGAAAAGUGCGACACUUCUCUACGCGGCUUCACAUUUUAGGAGACACCUCAAGCCAUCAUUAUCACCUCGCCUGCAUGCUCGUCUGUGCACCACCGACAACCAUUAUGCGCCUUGUAUAUAUAACCCUCUUCUUUCGAUUCACCUUCCCUCUCAACCCCAUUUUGCUGCCUCAUUAUUUUUAAUGUAACUAUUACAUUGUCACUUUCAAUACCAGAUUUUAAGCUUCAGAACAAAAUAAAAGACAAAUAAGCAGUCAAAAGCAUUAAAAGAUGAAACUGCAAACUGAUUGCCUACUUCUCUUGAGUGGGCUGUGUACAACCACAGACCAUGCAAGAGAUAGCUAACAAAUGUUGCGAUGUCACUCUCUAAAACCCAGUAAAUGCAUAAUCAGCUGCCUCCUGUUUUGUACCACAUGUUUCCAAACAAGCACACUUAAUUACCUUUGCCCAUUUUUAGUAUGGGAUAAGUUUUUGUAUCUUGUGGUGAAACCAAAUCGACUCUUUUUAUGUAUUUUUUCUCCUUAACUAUGCAAGCAAGAAAGGCAUUACAUGAGCUGACAAAAUUAGUAUUUUAAGGUUUAGCACAAUGACUCUGGGUGACAGAGAAAUUGAGGAUUCACUAUCUCCAGAUAUGUGACUAAGGCAAGUGCAACUUCCUAGUUAAUUGGACAACUGUUGCUUACAGUGCCAAUGUUGGCUCUAAAGUCGUUCUUAGUGCUUUGCAAAAAGUCUUCAAGUGCAUCCUGAGUUCUUUAAGAAGUUGAGGAUUAGCAUAAGCACCAAAAAUAAUGCCAUUUACAGAAUGAGCUCCUCAUUAUCAGGGAAGUUUUAAAAGCAGCAAAAUUUAUCCUAGUAGGAUCACAUGGGAUAAAAGCUCUUUGACGUCUUGAUAAGUGUGCAUUUUUUUCCCACCAUAACCAAUCAUUUGCAGCAGGUUGGAACAGCUGCAUUGGUAUAUAUGCACAAACAGCUUCAUGCACCAGAGGUUCAUGGAAUGCGAGGCCUUUUCAAUAACAAAGCUUUGGACUAGUCACUUUCACUGCAGUUUAACGUUUAUCUUCUGGCAUUGGCAUAGCAGAGAAAAGGUAAGCAAAAAAAAAAAAAGGUGCUUCCAAAACUAAUAAAGUACAAAAGAUAAAAACAUGGUUGCGUCUAAAUUUUACUUCACCUUCCCCUGGAAUGUGCCCAAUAAAGUUCACUCGAGCUAGCUGUAUUGAACCACCAAGUAAUUUGCACGAGAUCUGGUUAUUAGGUUGGUUGAAGGGCAUUGCAACCCAGAGAUGCGACACUCGUUCAUGACACCGGGUUGGUCACCAUGCUUGGCUGUACAAAGGUAAACUAGUGCAAGCCGAAAUUUUUGUAUCCCCAUAACAAGCGCCCAUUUUGCCACACUGCUUUUUGAUGGACGUUGUGCAAUGGCUGGGAAUUGUGUUUUCUUUUUCUUCACUUAACACUGUGCGUGGAAGGUCUGCACCUAGUGCAUCAUUGUGAUCUGUUGCCUGCAAUCUUACUCCAAGUGUGGAGUUGUGCUUGUGUAGCAACAUACUGCGCUUUCAGAAUAAAAAAGGGCUUGUAGUUCUGGCUAGGCAGA